GGAAAACGAAUAGAUAUUUUUCAGUAUCGCAAAACAAUAUUGUUUCUGUUUUGUUGUAUAGAUCGCGUGUUAUAUACUGGAUACUAUAGCAAAACACUGAGCAUUUCAUAAUUUACGCAUGAGUUUUCAUUUCUAAUUCACAGCUGAAGUGAAGAGUGGUUGUAGCAUAGAGUAUGAUCACCACCUCAGUACUCAUUUGAGGAUGAAAUCACAGACUAUUUUGUGAGUUUUAUUAUUCUGAUUUGUAAUUGAUUUUUUUACGUUAGGUUCACGCAAUGGUCUGGCUAAAUUGGUGUCAUGCAACCCUUCACCACCGGACACAGCCAUACAAAAGUUCAGAUGCUCCCUCCGAUGGCGAUGUGGUUGGCGUCCUGCACCCUGGCGCUGAUGGUGGUGGCGACGCACGGAGGCGGGAAGGCGGAGGAGCACUGCCGGUGCGGUUGCCCCGGAGCUCCGGGCAGCCCAGGGCAGCCCGGCCUCCCGGGGCGCGAUGGACAACAUGGCGUCCACGGGCAGAAUGGAGAGAAGGGAGCAGCAGGACCCGUCGGCCCGAUCGGUCUUCCUGGCACCAAAGGGGAACGCGGACCGACAGCCGAAAAGGCAUCGAAGGACGAUGGCGUUGUCCUCGGCCUGAGGUCGGCCUUCACCAUCGGCCUGGCUGCGUCCGCCAACCCCGCGAGCGGCGCGCCCCUCAAGUUCACCAAGGUCGCGUACAACGACCAGGGCCACUACGACGUGUCCACCGGCAAGUUCACGUGCGUCGUCCCCGGGGUCUACUACUUUGACUUCCACCUGACGGGCGGCACUGGGGCGAGCCGCUUCUCCCUGCGGCACAACGGGAACGCCGUCCAGUUCAAGUCCGCCACUGGCACUGGCGCCUCGACCACGGGGACGGCGACGGCGGCCACCAUGUACUCGUUGGCGGGCGGCUCCGUGCUGCGCCUACGGAAGGGAGACUCCUGUGUGGCUCCAGGCGGAGACUGGGCACAGCAAGCUGGCGGCGGAGACUCAGGCCGACACCACCUUCUCCGGCUUCCUGCUGUACCCCGACCUGCCGAAAUAAUAAUAAUUCACAGUUCUAUAUUUGAGCACAAUUGGUAGUGAUGGGAUUCGCGUUGGUUUGGUUCUGCUAGGGUUUGGAUGGCAGUCGCGUUAGUUUAGACGACGAUGAGUUCAGAAUGUGAUUUACGCUGUCUGCUCGUCACUAAAACUACACUUUGCCGCUGCCAGGAACUGAUCCGCCAGGGUGGCUCCAGGAUAGUGGCUCGCAAAUUGCAGUUCUCAGCCCGUCAUACCCUCUUCAUCCCUCAGGGGUCAAUCAAAAUGAGUACUGCUUUAGUAGUAAAUUUAACAGUGGUUGUCCUAUGCAUAGAAUCGCCCUCGCCACAGGAACGAGGAAUUUGCACAACUUGCUCAGGGCUCCGCCUCAGUGCUCACUCCAGCACGGAAUCGCUUUAAUUGUUUGUUAUUUUAGAAUAAACCAGAAUUUGAACGAGGUGGUUGUGCAAUGCGCCCGGUGGGUGUUGUGGGAAGAGAGGGAGAGGGGAGGAGCGACUCCUGUGGCCGGGGCUCAUGGUUCGACCCCAGGUUGGAGGGACCUGGCCGAGAGAGCGAAAGCGCCUGACGCGUGCAGAGCAGGGACUGCGUGCAGACAUCUCUGCCGCUACGCCACGCGGUUUCGUGCCCGGACGAACCGAUCUUCUCGAUCAUCGUUGUCGUCCCCCUCGUGAGUGUCCACCACUCGACCCAGCCGGUCCACCCGUCUCUUAUGGGAGUCACACAAACGCGUCUUCCGAAAGGGACCUUUGUUCAAAAGCAGGAGCAAUGUUUACGACGUGCAAUUGCCCCAGUGCAACGCACAAACCGUCUUCAUCGUCAUUGUCAGCAAUGAUAGACCCGAUGCUGGGCGAAGGUCUCUCCAGACUGGUACCACCACCCAUUACCUGCUGAGGUGCGUAAACAUCGCUACUAGGAAGAUAAAGGCGGCCGGGCGUGGUUCUGGCCACCCACCCCCUCGUGUGCCAUGCCGGCCUUCAUAGGUGUUCGCUAACAGCACUUUCCCAAAAAGUCAGUGCAAGGCGAUACGAGACAUUUUGUCCUUGUCAUGGACGAAUAUAUUUUCAUUGGUGAUGUAAACAACACCUGGUACCUUGUACAUUCACAAACCACUUUGGUUUUAUUAAAAUACAAAAUAUCAUAGUCAUCGUGUUCACGCACGCGGGUCCCGUACGUCACACGGGGCAAGUUGGUCCCAUACGUCACACGGGGCACACUGGUCCCGUCCGUCAUACUGGGCACGUGGGUCCCGUACGUCACGCCGGACACGCGGGUCCCGUACAUCACACUGGCCUUGGAGUCCACGGCGUCGCGAUCCUUUGCUCGCUAACGCGCCCAGUUCUACUAUGUCCUUGCGCGUGAUGGCAGCAGCACUAUGUUCAGGAGCUGGAUGCCCAUUGUCGAGAUCUGCUACUCGCCACGACUAGAGGGCUUCAGCAGAGAGAGUUCGUCUAGUUUUAGUGUUCCUCCUCGUCUUCUAUUGAAGGAGCGCAGACCAUAGUGGUUUGUAAUAUGGUUUGUGUUGCAUGGCCACAAUCACACUUCUGUAGUUCGUCUUUAAUGUAUCUCUAUGCGUCUAUAUGUGUUGUUAAGUAUCUGUUUCUACAGGUUUACUCUACAGUCUAUAGUUUGGGUUACACAGCCACAAUCACACUAUUGUGGCUUGUUUUUAAAGUAUCUCUACGGGUAUCUAUGUAUCUCUGUUUAUCUCUAUGGGUCUCUAUUAGAUUUACUAUACGGUGCACAGUUUGAGUUUGCAUGGCUACAAUCGCACUCCUGUGCCUUGUGUCAUCAAUUUUCCAUUCACGAUGAAACGCGACAUCUUAUUUACAUAAUGCACGCGUCUAUAUAUCGACACGAAGCUCCAUGCCAGCCAGCAUCAUUCGUUAAUGAUGGUUUACGUGGACUCCGGCUAGGAAGUGACAUCAAAGUUUUGCUGGGGUGUGUGGGUUGGGUCUGAGUGGGUUGGGUGUGAGUCUGGGUGUGAGUCUGUGUGUGAGCCUGGACUGGAAGUGAGUCUGAGCUGGAUGUGAGUCUGAGCUGGGUGUGAGUCUGGGUGUGAGUCUAAGCUAGAUGUGAGUCUGAGCUGGGUGUGAGUCUGGACGUGAGUUUGGGCGUGAGUCUGCAAGUGAGUCUGGGCUGGGCGUGAGUCUGGACGUGAGUUUGGGUGUGAGUCUGACUGGCCGUGCCAGUCCCUGGAUCUCACGCGGGUGUUGAAUUAUUUGUCAGGCAGUCACCGUGAGGUGCUCGUCUUCACUUGUGUUCUUGAGCCAGUGGUUAAAAUUCCACAUUCCUAUGGCAAGGAUUAGCGUCUUAACACAAUAAACCAUGUUUGCACCCUCACUAGGUGGGACUAAUUUUAUCCACCCUACAAAGAAGAAUCUGAUGGAAUCUCUCGACCCCACAGUAAAAUGUUCACUUACUUUCCCCUUGAUAAAUCCAAUGGUGGACAAAG